AUGCUGGCUUCCCCGGGUUCAACCACGUCGGCGCAUACGCGGGUACCGUCUGGCAGAAGCAACAGGCGGCCGCACAUUGUGUGCAUCAAAUGUGACCUGCAAAACAACCCGGCUGCGCCAUGCACGAAAUGCGUCGAUGCCGGCGGCGAGUGCCGCAUCCGGUCGUCGAAACGCGUCAAGAACGCCAACGCGCAGAACUCUGGUUUUGCGAGCUCUUCAAGACGAGCAGCCGGAGUGCAGAGCAAUGUCGUCGGAUACAGUGACCAAGACGGCAGCGGCUUGGAGCAGAGCGCCGACCUCGCUCCGGGCACGCUCGGGCGAACAGGACCGCAAGUGGCCACAGCCGUGGCAGGCAGAGGCGAUGAGAUGUCGCUGCUGUCGUAUGCAGCCGAUGUCUUUGCGGGCAGCGACUACCAGCCAUCGCUUCCGCAGCCACCGCAGCGGCCAUUGCCGGAUCCAGACGCAGAUGCGGCACUGCGCAGCCAGGCUGUUCCGCCGACGGCGUCGCCUGCGGGGCUGCACAACGCGUCCACGACGGCGACGACGACGGCGCCCAGCUACGUCGGCGACUCGGGCUUCCUGCAGAUCUUCCACGGCAUCGGCGCGGCCGUGAUGGCCGAGCGCCAGCAGAGCUACGGCGACGAGAACAACCUGCGCGGGCUGCUGGCGGCGGGGCUGCGCGACGGCCGGGACGAGGUGCCGCCGGCGGCGCUGCAGGAGAGCUACCUGGAGACCUUCUACCAGUUCCAGCACACGUGGUGCCCCAUCCUCGACCGCGUCGACGGCCAGCUGCCGGCGGCGGCGCGCGAGUCGGUGCUGCUGCAGAACACGCUGGCCCUCGUGGGCUCGCACGUGGACCCGCCGGUGCUGCCGCACGCGCGCGCCGCCGAGUACUACGAGCGAUCCAAGGUGCUCUUCUACAGCAACCACGAGAAGAACGCGCUGCUGGCCAUCUCGGCGCUGAUGCUCUUCUACUGCUGGGGGCCGGGCCCGCCCGACGUCAUGAGCAUCGACACGGUCUGGUGGUGGACCGGCGUGGCCAUCCGCCAGGCCCAGCAGCUGGGGCUGCAUCGCGAGCCGCGGCCGGGCCAGCCGCCGCUGCCGGGGGAGACGCCGGGGCUGCGGCGGCGCAUCUGGUGGACACUCUUUGCUCGCGAGCGGCUCACGAGCAUCUGCAUGGGCCGGCCCUGCAUGAUCAACGUCGACGACUGCGACGUGGCCGCGCUGACGCUGGCCGACUUCCCGCAGCCGGCGACGGACCGCGCCGAGAUCUUCAUCCAGUGGGUGCGGCUGUGCGCCAUCAUCGGGCGCGCCAGCACCUACCUGGCGCGCCGGACGCCCGACACGCCCUUCCCCGUGGACCUGGCCGCGGAGCUGCAGCAGUGGGUGACGUCGCUGCCGGACCACCUGCAGCUGCCGCUGCAGGGCACCACGCGCGCGGCGCCGCGCUUCGACCGCGACGUCUACCAGCUGCACCUGCCCUACCUGACGACGGUGACGCUGCUGCACCUCCGCGGCGCCUCGCCCGCGCCGCCGACGCCCACAUCCGCCGGCCUCGAGCGCAUCGACCGCUUCCAGGCCGGCGAUGCAGCCGCCGCGCGCAGCGGCUCCGUGUCCGUCUCCGGCGGCCCCAGCCCCGCGAACAUCGACAUGGGCCUGCCUGCAGACCCGCUGCCCGUGCCCGUGCCCGAGCUGGCGCAGCACGCGGGCCUCGAGCGCGAGGGCCACGACUGGCGCCACUUCUUCCCGUACCUCACGCCCGACACCAGCCCGCUGGUGGCCCUGCUGCUGGACCCCGUCCUGGUGCCGUCCUUCCCGGACCCCGGAUGGCCCGCCGACCUGGCCUUUCAGCUGCAGGGCUUUCUGGACCCGCUCCAUGACUUCCUUGCGCCCGUGUUUUGA